AUGCACGGUCUCGGACCUGCAAGUGGCCGGUUAAGCGAGAAUGUUGCGAGUGUGGGCACAUCCGAAUUUCGAGACAAUUCUUGGACAAUUGAACUCUUUCGACAACCCCUUCUCGACUCAUACCCCCUGUCGACCAAUUUCGCCAUGGCCGAUAUCGAUGUCAAGGUCGCUUCGUGGAAGCUGGUUGAGGUUGGCCGCCUAGUGCUGAUCCGCAGCGGACCCUUCGAGGGCAAGCUUGCUGUCAUCGUUGAGAUCGUGGACCACCGCCGUGUCCUGGUCGACGGUCCCUCCACCGAGGAGCAGAAGAUCGUGCCCCGUCACGUUCUCCCCCUCGCUCACGCUACCCUCACUCACUUCACCAUCCCCAAGCUUCCCCGUGCUGCCGGUACCGGCCCCGUCAAGAAGCUGUGGGCUAAGAACGAGAUUGAUGGCAAAUGGGCCAAGAGCUCCUUCGCUCAGCGCACCGAACGCUCCGAGCGCCGCAAGAACCUGUCCGACUUCGAGCGUUUCAAGGUUCUGCGCCUCCGCAAGCAGGCUCGCUACGAGGUCCAGAAGUCCCACGCUAAGGCUCGUGCUGCCAACAAGUCAUAG